GAUCCGACUACCAUGUCUCAACUUGUAGAAGCAAGCGGGUUCCAGCUUGUCGAAACACCCACAGGUGUCAAGGCGGCUACAGGUGCCAAUGCAGAAGUCCUACCUCCUCGACGAUCUAGACGCCUUCGCCAACAAAAAUCUAAGUCUUCCCUCCAAAAUAACGCUGCGGUACAAAGCAAUGCCCUCGUCCAAACCAAGGCUCCAGUCCAAACCAAGGCCCCAGUGCAAAGCAAGGCUCCAGUCCAGAACUACGCCCCAGUCGAAAGCAACGGCCCCGUCCAAAGAAAUGCCUUCGAUGAAGCCAAAUCCUCUCAAACCAGCAAGACGGGCAACCAAUCGCAUCUAGAAACAAACGCCAACCUCCCUGAACCCGAGUCUCCACCACGAAGUCCGAUCCGACCUAUAUCAGAAGUCCCAAAAGACAGACUAAACUUCAUGGAGGCGGUCGCUCAGCAGGAGAGGAUGAUGUAUGAGAGUGUUCAGCAACCCAAGCAGAAGAGUAAGCAGGGAGAAUUUGAGGAUAAGUUUAAGGGAAGAAGCAUUCGAGAGAUCAUGGGCAUGGCGAAGAAGAGAAAGAGGGAUCCGGAGGAUGAGGGCAAGGGGCGUCGUCGUGUGAAUACGGAAGGAGGUGAUGGUGAGACGUCUUGAUCUGGCAAUUAGCUUCGUGAGAGCAGACAGUGUUGGCGUGGACGAGCAAAUUGCAAACAGCCUGGGAGGACAUUCGAGGAUU